UUGAGUUGUCAACAAGUUGUCAAAUGUGUCACCAAUAUAUUUUCAAUGUUUUUUAUUAUAUUUUCUGAAUAAUUAUAUUCAUCAGAUUCAGAUGAUUUCGCAUAGUUUUCGACAUGUCUCCGCCAAAAUAGCGUUAAUAUUCUUUGUCUCCGCUACACCGCUAGUAAGAAUAUUUACAGUCAGAUAGUUAAAUAGGUAUUCCCUUCGAAUAUGAACGGUGAUGUUGAACAGUGGUCUCUAUAUUCCGCUUCCCAGCACUUACCAGCAGUAUUAACAGACCCCAACAGGGGUAAGCAAUCUAAUUUCUUCACAAAAACAUGGGGAGACGCAUUCGUAGAGAAAACGGUCAUAGAGAAAAGCCCUUUUUUGCCAGAGAUCACCUGGGCUCAUUUUGAUACAUACUUACGAAAAUAUGGCAAAAGAUUCAAAAGGCACAUAAGAUUGUCCCAAACAAAGUUUGAGGAGGAUCACCAGAAGCCAAAGAAUAGUGACAUUAAUACAAAUAGCAUUCCAGAGAUAUAUUUAAGACUAAACUUCAACCUGAAUGACCCUAAAGUGUUCAGCAAAGUGUUUCAGAGUAGAAAUGAACAUGAGCUUCAAGAAGAACUAAGUCAUUAUUUAGAUAUUGUGGAGGAGCAGAUUGCCCAACAAGUUUCUCAGAAAUCUGGUGCUUUCUUCCAUGCCAUGACAUCUCAUGAUACCAUAAUGGAACAGAUGGGCACUGCAUGUAGUGAAGUACGGGCACUACGUGUUAAAGUACAAAAUGUAGAUAAGUGUCUUGCCAAAGACUCUUUGAAGUUGAUAGGGUUGGCAAGGUCCAAGGCAAAUCAGGGACAGCUGUUGGAUAAGCUUAAACUGAUGUCAACUGUUUUGCAGACUCAGCCUACUCUACAGCUUUUAUUAAGUUCCUCAGACUAUGUGGGAGCCCUGGAAUUGAUUUCUGGGACACAGGAGGUACUUUCCAAAGAACUAGCAGGGGUAACAAGUUUGAGACAUUUACCUUCUCAGCUCAAGGAAAUGCAAAAACUAAUAGACAAAAUGCUUAGUACUGAAUUCGAACGUUAUGCUGCGGCAGACUUGCUACGACCUCUUGACUCUAACGGAAGUGUUCUAGAACCCGAGAGACUCGUCAGUUUAGUGGCAGGACUCCUGAGGCAAAACCAUUUACAGUUUUUAGAAACCUAUAAACAGGAAGUUGUUACUGCAGCUCAAGCAUUAUUGAAGCAAUUAAUGAUCGAGCAGUUGGCCGAUGCAGAAGACGAACUUAAUGAAAUUACUGGUUCUGGUGAAAUUGCUCCUAGUAUGGAUGCUGCCCAUUGGUUGAAAGUAUUGAGAACUGCCAGCGAGGCACUCAGCCAGCUGAUCGAGCGAGUGCGCGCCGUCCACGACGCCAUCCGGGCCACGGCCUCGGCCUCGGCCGGCCUGCCUCCCGCCCAUCGCGAUCUGCCCCCCGCCCACCGCGACCUGCCCUCACCCGCCGAACGCUUCCUCGAGCCCCGCGACCUGGAGCGCGUCGCGGCGAAGCUCGACGAGACGCUCGCCGCCGUCUGCGACUACUGCAACGAACGGCUAGCCGCCCUGGUCAGCACGCAGUCGGACGGGCGGUCGGUGGUCGCUGCGCAGGUGGCCGAAUUGGCCGGCAUCGUGGAGACUUUCACUGACAGAUGCGAGAAAGCUUGUGGUAGACCUAGUGCCGCCUUGAAAGCGGCAUUCAAGAUCCAGGCGGGAGGGUAUGUGCACAAAUUCCAUGGCCAGCGUAGAAAUAAGUUGCAGAUGCUUCUGGACGCUGAAAGUUGGAAAGCAGCGGAAGUGCCAGCAGAAAUCCAGGUUCUAGUCAAUAAAUUUGCCUCUGGCGAAUCCAUAAAAUCUCUGCCCUCCUCCCCCACCGACGACGUCGACCCCCCCUCCCAACCUUACCUCAUCGCCGGCCAGCAGCGCUAUCGCACCGUCGGCACCGCCCUCAUCCUCGUCCGCCUCGUCGGCGAGUACCUCGCUUGCGCCGACGACCUGCGCCCUCUGGCGGCGGCCGUGGCGCGCCACCUGGCGGAGCUGUUGCGCACCUUCAACUCGCGCUCGUGCCAGCUGGUGUUGGGCGCAGGCGCGCUGCGCACGGCCGGCCUCAAGACGAUCACGUCGACGAAUUUGGCGCUGGCGUCGCGGUCGCUGCAGCUGAUCGGCUGGAUGAUACCGCAUUUGAGGGUGAGGUUCGGGGGGAUGGCGGUGGAAUCGACGAGCGGGUUUGAUAGAGUUUUCGACACGGUGGAGAAGGACAUCGGCCACCACGUGCAGCAGCUGGAGACCAAAGUGGUGUCGAUCAUGGACGCGCUGCUCGGCGAGCAACUGACCGAGUGGGACGCGCGACCGCCUUCGCCGUCGAAGCAGUUCAGGAACGUGUCCAGACACCUGACCAAGCUGCACGAGGCCGUCAGCUCGGCUCUGCCCGAGGAACAGGUGAACGAUAUCUACGAGGUGAUCCACAAGAACUUCAAGACCAGAUUAAGAGAACAACUGGCCAAAAUGAACAUCCAGAAUAACGGGGGGCCUCAACACGGGGUUGUUACCACCGAGAUCAUUUUUUAUCUGGAAACUAUGAAAACACUCAGAGCUUUACCAGAGAAAUAUCUAUUCGACGGGGCUAUGGACGAUAUUUGGACUAGGUAAUGAGGGUAAUAUUUUCAUGGAAACGAAAACUCACCGUGGCACAUAAUAUUAUGUGAAUAGUUAUAACAAAAAGCAUUCCUUAUUCAAAUAUAAUAGGGUAUGAAGUAAUCAGAACUAUCUAUCGGGUGGUCACAAAAAAACAGGAAGUUUUUAUUUUCCUCGUGGUUUCAUGAUUUCUCAAUCGAAUUCGAAUUUCUUGGCGUCUUUUUAUAGCUAAAGGGCUAUAGUAUACAGUGGAAUAUUUGAAAAUUCCAUAAUGAACAAAAACAAAUUGGCGGAUUCUACCAAAGUAUUGUCAUUUACAAAAACCGCUGGAGAAAAAAAAAAUCAAAUUUUUUCCAACCUGUACCGAUGUCAUCUUAGGCUAUUCAUUU